AUGAAGGAGCCGGGUGGCGAGGAGGAGGUGCUGCGGGACUACCUGGCCUACUACGCGGCCCGGGGGGCGGAGGGCGAGCUGGCGGCGUGCGAGGAUGCCUCCCUGAAAGCCAGGGCGCGACGGCUGCUGGGCCCGCGGCGGAGCGGGGGGCUGGACGUGCGCGGGGUGGCGGAGCGGUGCCGGCGGGCCCGGGGCCGGCGGGGCGGCAGCGUCCUGCGGGACCUGCUGAAGGCGCUGGAGGUGCUGGAGCUGCUCUGCGUCAACCUGCUGCUCUCCCCGUGGCGGAAAGAGAUCAAGUCGCUCAAGACAUUCACCGGUAAUUUUGUCUACUAUAUUCAAUCUGUGCUCCCAGAUGACAUUGUAAAGACAGUGCUGGAGAAAAUAGGUUACAUUGCAACGACAGCAACAGAGUUUUCACUUGUCAAAGAGAGAAACAAUGAGGAAACAAAGCAGACUGCAUUUGAAAUAUUCCUGGCAAGAAUUGAGUGUGAAACCAUCCUCGAAAUGACAAAUGAAGAGAAAUGUGGCAAUUUGGAGGCGACCCUACAGAAGAGAACACAAAUGCACCAGAAUCAUGGAGAUGAGGACAAAGAGGAUCAGACACCCCAGAGAGAAGGCGCUGAAAAUCCGGUAAAUAAAGCAAGCAGUGAGACAUCUUUGUGCCUUGCUACUCAACAGAAGUCUUCCACUAAUAACGAUGCAGCCUUUGAAGCUGCUGGGAAUCCAAAGAUCAAAGAUGACGUGCCUCAGUUGGCAGUUGCUCAGUCCACCAACAGGCUUCAGGAACACCAAAGGCAAGUCAUUAACACUGUACAUUUCCCGGGCAAACACUCAGACAGCGAGGACUUCUUGAUCAAAUACAGCGACAUUGUCAUCAGACAAACACCUAUUUUCAGUGAGAAUCUUUCUCCAAAAGCUUUUGAAACGCAGCCAAGAGCCGGUCUCGGUGAGGAGUGUCUCCUGGCAGUCACUGCAGAGCCACCGGCAAACGAGCCGAGGCCGGUGCCGCUCUCACCAGGAGCCAGCGGCCCGCCAGCCUUCGCAAUGUUUGCUGACAGCUCCUGUGACAGCCACAACGCUCUGGAGUACAAAGCUCAAGAAGUCCUCCCCGAAGAAUCAAUCGAAGCAGAAAUUAACGAUGCCAUAAAUUGCACAGACCCGGACCCUGCGGAUGAACCUGCUGAGCUGAAGUCUCUGCUGUACAAGGACAUCGCGGCUGUCCAAAACCGCGGCGUCUCUAGGGAAGAGGAAGUUUGUGAGCUGUCUUUAACCUUCACAAAACUACAAAUCAAGGACACUGGUGAAGACCUCACGUACCCAGUAGAGGAAACUGGCCAACCUGACUCAGUAUCAUAUGCAAGUACAAGUGACAGGCACAUAAGAGAGUUUAAUCACUCCAAAAUAAAACAUACGUAUCUGACUAAUGCUCAGAUGCAGAACAGAGCAGCUGCACGCACUGAGCCAUCCCCAGACCCGUGCUGUACUGCUGGGACUGUGGAUUCCACUGAUGGUUCUGAUGGCAAGAGACCAUUAAUGGAUGCUCCUAAUGCACACGUGGCUUCCGAGUGCUUCAGGCAUGUUCGAGAGCCCCCUCACCUCACCUACAUCCCACCACACAGUAUCCAUGUCCAGUCCUCACGAGUCAGGAGCACACAGGGCAGGAGGAACCUCUUACAGCCCGAACGUGACUCUCCCGCAUCCAGUGAAGUAAAGCCAGAGAACUGUAACUCAAAAGUGACUGAAAUCCAGGAGCCUUAUGUCAUUAUUGACAAAGCCGACCAAGGAAUGUUAUGCCAUCACACUUGAUUCUACCAGUGCUUUAUUUAUAACCUGCCUGGGGUUUUUUUCCUCUCGCUUGUGGCCUUGAUCAUCCUUUCAGGGAGAUGAUUAGUUUGUCAAAACAGUUUAAAAAAAAACAACAAAAAACCAAACCACCGCCGCUUUUGGACAGUAAAAAAGGGGAGUAGUUGAGCAAAUUCUUAAUGGCCCCUCCUCAUCUGCAACCUUUGGCACUGAAACCAGAAUGGUCACCUUCCUAAAGCUUUGGCAACUUCCAUAAAUUUAAAUCCAUUUAAUUCAUUAGCCAGGUUCCUUCUGGCUGUAUUUACUGCCAGAGUAUAGCAUGUGUACAAUGACAGAAACAUGGAAAUGUUUCUGACCUGAAAGACCCAGCUUUCUGGCUGUACAAAUGCUGUGCUGGAGUGUACUUCUGUCACCUCAUCACACGCCUGGCAGUCUGUGCUCUGAACUACCCCUGCCCUUGCUGUCAGCUGAAAAUAAGUUUAGAAAGUUUGAUAACCUUCCUUUAGGUUUAAAGAAGGUGACUGCCCUGUGAACACCCCUAGUUUUAUUUUUGCAUUAGGAGUAACAGUCUAGCCCUUAGAGAGGCACUAACCUGGAUUACAGGUUCUAUACCUGUCUCCACUCCUCACCAAAACGUUUUGUGGCUACCACCACAAACUUCAAGAGAAGCACCAAGCUCUGUCACUCACUGUGACCAGAUGAGGGAGAUCCAGCCGCUGCUGCCAUUUCCCUUCUCCCUGUUCCUCCAGCUUGACUCUGCACCGGCUCUGGAGUUCUCUGGACUUUCUGCAUCUCACUCGGAUGAAGGGACAAAACUGCCACUUUCUGCCGGUUUAUUGCUUAUAAUUGACAAAAAAUUCAGAGAGGAGCAAAUGGGUUAUACUAGAACAACCUUCCGAGCUAAAAUGUAAAGAUCUGCUUUGUGGACAAGUAGUAAUUGCUGAGGUGCUGUCAUCGCCUGAUUCCAGCAGAGUAGGAGGAAUAAAACUUUGACCAAGCCAACACCGAGUGACAAGGCUGCCUUCAGCUUUGGGAGGGAGAAACAGGUAUUGUAAACACACACACAAAUUAAUACCUUCUUAAUAGCAGCCCCUGGGGUGGUGUCUUUGGGCUUUAUGGCUGAAGCUGUUGAUAACCCAGCAGUGUUUGGGCUAUUGCUGAGCAGUGCUGGCACAGCAUCACAGCUCGCCCUGUUUGUAACUAUCCUCACUCCCAGUGAGUAACUGGGGAGGACAGAGCUGGGACAGCUAUACCAUACCAUGGAAUAAACUGGGGGGGCAGGUGGUGGUGGGGGGGUUUUGCCUUAUCUCAGAGACAGGCUGGGCAUCGCUCUGCUUGUGGUGGUGAGUGACUGCCACUGCAGCACUUGGGGUUCCCCAACUCUUCCCUUCACUUAUUAAGCCUCUAUCUCAAGCCAAAAGCUUUUUAUUUUGCUCUUGCUGUUCUCCCCGUCCUGCCGGGGAAGGGGGGAGCCAGCAGCUGUGUAGGUGCCUCUGCUGGCUGAGUCCACCCACCCCAACCUUGUACUUACCUGUGCUUUCUAACCACCUGGGGUUUAUAGCUGUAUUUUCCCCCUGUGGGGGUUAUUAAAAUUAUGUGUUUUAAAUCUUGUAUUAUGUAAAUUAUUCAUGAACUCUAAUAUAAAACUGUGCAAACCCCUUCUCAUCACCAGUGAGGAUGUCUCCUAAUCUAGAUGACCACCAGUAAUACAGGAGUUGUAUCCCUAACACCCUGUUUUUAUUUUUACUGUAGCCAUAUGAGGAAAAAGUAUUUAACAGCAAACCAAAGACUGCCCUUUGAAAAGACACGCUCUUGGGCAUCUAACUCCAUUAAUGCCAUACUGCUGGCCUUCAAUAAACUUCUCCAGGUAACA